AUGCGCUUGUUUGGCCUCAGUCUGUGGGCGUGUGCAUCACUAGCUUUCGAAUCAGCAAGCUCUACCCCCCCCCCCCAUGCUCAAGCCUUUGACGUCGUUGUGGUGGGCAGCGGUCCUGGAGGACUUGUUGCUGCUGAGUAUCUUUCGCGUGACCCCAACGUGUCUGUGCUGAUUCUCGAAGCCGGUCCCAAGUCUAUGGCAGCAACUGGAGGAACCGAUGCCCCCAAAUACGCCAAAGACAGUGGACUCACUAAGUUCGACAUUCCUGCCGAGUAUGACCUCAUCAUGUACAACCCGGAGAACGAGGACUAUCGCGUUGACUGGAUCACGGAUGCCUACAUGUGGCUCGGCAAGACGGUCGGGGGAUGUUUGUCCAUUAACUUUGCAACCUACUUCCGUCCUCCUGAUGUGUACACGAACCAGUCGCACUGGCCAUUCUCAGCGUCGCAGAUGAAUGCCAAGAUGGACGAGAACGAGGAAAUGCACGGCCACACAGAUGUGCCUUCCCUCGAUGGAAAAUGGUACUCUCAAGAGGGCUACUCCAUUGUCAACACGGAACAAACAUUCGGCCACACUCCUUUCACUAUCAGAGAUGGCAAGCGCGACUCACCUGCAGCAGCUUUCUGGGGUCCGAUGAGUACGCGAAACAACGUUCAACUCUUGACCGAAGCCAAGGUCGACUACUUGGUCCGCAAUACAGACGGUACGGCCACUGGAGUGGUGUACAACGGUGGGUCUCAGGUCUUCGUAAGUGAUCGAGGUGCUGUGUUGAUGGCGGCAGGCGCUUUAGGUACACCCAAGGUGUUGAUUCAAAGCGGUGUUGGUUCCAACACGCAGCUAGAUCUCCUCGAACGCAUUGGCGGCUACGUCGGUGUCACCCAGAAUGCUGGACGCAUUUCAAACGCCAACGUGGGGCGCAACUUGUUCGACGCCAAUCUCAUGUACGUCUCGUUCUCGCAUCCGGACAUGAAGUCGUUUGUCUUUGACAACCGACCGUAUGAGGCCAUCAGCCAGUACAUGAACGAGAGCCACACGGGAGCUUGGGCCGAUGCAGGCCCCACACUCGUCAGCUUCGAAAGUUACGAAGUCCAGGGCCGCACGUACGAGUUCCAGUCCAACGUACACACUCACGGCUUCGGUGAGCUUCACCAGCAAGACAACGCCUUCACGAUAGCGAUGUACGUGAUCAACCCCGAGUCGCGUGCUCAUUCUGGCUGCGACACCAAUGGCAACUGGCGUGCGUAUAACGAACGAGACGCAUACUUCGGUACACCUCGCGACCUGGCAGCGAUGCAGUCGUACGUCCAGAAAAUGGUGCGGAUGAUGAAGGACAACGGCGCGACUUUCAUUUCCGAAACCGGGUCGGAUCCGGCAGCCGUGGCAGAUUUUGUAGCAUCCACAGGCAGCUACAUCUCGUACUUCUUCGGCGGCACUUGCUACGCAUCCCAUGACGCCAGUGACAUGGAACGGUGUGCCGACGAGAAGCUACGUGUCAUAGGCUUGGACAACGUGUUCGUGGCUGACGCUAGUGCGCUGAAAGAAAGCACAGUCAACCCGUACGGCUUUGGUGACGACAUCGGCUCAUCGUCCAGUUCGUCAGCUGCCGGAUGCUGCUCGAUCUGCUCCAAUUCGAACGGCUGCGUCGCGUUUACUUGGACAGAGCACAGCGGAGGCACUUGCUGGCUGAAAAGCGGCAAAGGAACCAUCAAAACCACGAGCGGCGCUGUGUCGGGCGUUCUCAAGUCUGCUACGAGCUGUGCUGCUCUGGAAGACAACGUCGUCGAGCCUCACGGUGUCACAUUAAGUGCACAAACAUCCGACAAGUGCUGCUCUGUGUGCAAAGCUACCGAAGGAUGCAAGGCCUUCACUUGGAAAGAUGAGGACGGAGGCACGUGCUGGCUCAAAGGAGACAAGGAGAGCACAACAUAA